UCAACAACCGAGCACACGAAAGCGAAGCUCAUACCGGACAGGUUCUACACAUUCACUAUUCAAGCAAACGAGUUCCUUAAACUACAAUGGCUCGGCCGCUGAAAAGGAGGAUUGAAGAUCAUUGCGAAGAAGUCUGGUUUGAGGAGGUCAGCGUAGAAAAAGAUCCCAGCGAUACAAAUUGGAACAGUUUGGUUGCCUUGGUGUCUGAGAUAAACAACCAGGUUACGAAGCUGGAUACGGAAGUUAAUGAAGUCGACAACAGACUGAAGCACUUCGAGGACCAACAAACGAUUAGCAUCUCAAUGAUUCGAAAGAAGGUGGAAGUGCUAAGAUCACAGUUGCAAACGCUAAAAAGUGUGUUGAAACCCGCCAAACUCGAUCCUGUUACACCUCCGCUAUCGUCGCUGGUAAAACCUAUCCAGUCCAGAGAGGAACUGGACGAGCUCGAGGAAAAAGCUAAGGACGAAGAGUACCGGAGUGAGGUGGCGCAAGCUGCUGGGCGAAUUUUCGGCUACGGCCGAAUAGGAAAAGGUGAAGUCAUUUGCUACGAAAUGGUAGACUACUUUUUCGACAGAAAGUUUCUAAUGGAGUGCUCUUGGCACGGGUACAACCGCGUUUGUGUAGAUGGUGAGCUAAGGAAAAAGGUUGGUUUUAUUAAUUAUGCCAAUACUAUCAAACUGUUUCAUGGAUGUGUCAGCAUUUCCGACGAAUCUUUCACUGAAUCAGAUUGUUACAAUUUCGUAAAGGUUAAAAUGUUAAGAAAUACACUACGACGCGUACAAUCGAAGAAAAUCAGAAGUCCAAGCAGUAUACCGAGGGUUAGAUCAAAGAAAAUAGACUCUGAUAGUGAUUUAGCGGUGCAAAAGGUCGUUAAAAAUCAACUGCGACACCUGCAGAAUACUGUUGGAAGUGGUCGUGGCUCAUAGCUAUUCGUCUAAUCUUUCGCUUAGAAUAAUGUUGAAUGUAUUAACAAUAAAUGUAAAUUCAUGA